AUUUUCCAGGAAGGUUCUAUGGCUAAAGGUGGGCACAUCCAACCGCAAACAAAACUUUGUGGCCAGAUACUUCUUUGAGGCUGUUCAAGAACAGGGUGGCUGUCCUCAAAUGAUUCGGGGGGACAGAGGAAAGGAGAACCUUCUUGUGGGUCAAAUGCAGAUGGCAUUUCACAUGCGAGAUCUUGGGAAUCAGGCAUGGAGGUGCUUCAGAAUGGGAACAUCAGUGCACAACCAGAGAGCUGAAUGUUUCAACAGUAUUUUAAAGCGGACAUGGAUUAAGAAAUGGCUGACAACAUUUGAGGCCAUGAUGGAGUCUGGGAUUCUUGAACUGGACAAUCCUGUGCACAUCAACUGCUUGCAGUACUCACACUUGCCACUGCUUCAAAGAGACUUAAAAACGGAGCAAACAGUUUGGAACACCCAUGACAUCUGCAAGCAACGCAAUGCACCUGGUCCAUUUGGGAAACCAGACCUUCUGUUUACCUCACCACCUCCUGGAUAUGGCAAUGUGCUGCACAUAGUUGACCCAGACCUUUUAGACUAUGCCAAGCAAUUAAUCUGUGAGAGGGAAGAGCCUUCACUGGUAGCAAACCAGGAAUUCAGAGACAUGUGCCAGAACAUUUUAGAAAACAGCCAGUUUCCCUGCACACCUGAUGGUUGCCUUGCUGCAUACCUCAUGCUAGUCCAAGAGCUCACAACUGCCAUGAACAGAAAUGCAGUUCCUACACCUUCUACGUUUGCCGAGGCAAAUGACAUAUACAUCUUUCUGAAGAGAGAGAGGAUGGAAGGUGCACCAGUAAACAUUUCCAAUGACCAAUAA